AUGAUGGCACCAAUGAGGAUGGAGGAGGACCGGAGUCACAUGACUGAGAAGAUACUAAACCUCACCCUGGAGAUCAUCUACCUGCUGACCGGAGAGAGAUUUCCUCUUCUGAAGUCAGGUGAUCAUAUGACCAUCACAGUGCCUCCAUGUGACUCCCUAAACCCUGAGAGACACAACAUGCAGAAGAUUCUAGAAGUCACCAAGAAGAUGAUGGAGCUGCUGACAGGAGAGGAGUGGGAGUAUUUAGAAGGACACAAGGAUCUCUACAAGGACGUCAUGAUGGACAAUCAGCCGCCCCUCACAUCACCGGAUGGAUCCAGUCAUGGGAACCCACCAGAGAGAUGUCCCCGUCCCUCUGUAUUCCCGGGAUUCCACACAGGAAGGUCACACCAUCCCUCACCAUCAUCAGAGUGGAAACCUGAGAGAUCCUAAAAUUGAGGUUAAAGAAGAAGAAGAAGAGGCGUAUAUGUGAGGGAUGAUCAGCAGUCUAUAUGGAGGAGG